UAGAGUACUAAAAAGUAUGUUGGAUUUCAAGAGUGGUGCAGAAAAUGUUUUGUAUCAGUUUGAUUUUAUUUAUAGGAGUUUAAACUUAGUAAUUCAAUUUGGACCUUUUCUUUGUCCCUCCAUUUCCAUCGCCGAAAAUAUGCACACUCUUUUUUUUUUCUAUCCAUAAGCCAAUCGAUUAAAAUUCUCCUGAGUUCCUAUAUAAAUAUUUCAACCUCAACACUUCAUUUAUAAAAAAUCACCAUUUACUGGAAAGAAAUAAAAGAUCUACAACAAUGGAAUUUUCAUAUUCUUUAUCCCAACGGUUUUCUUUCCCUAUUUUGGCCAUGCAAUUUCUCAUUAUACAUAGUGUUUCGUCACUGAACCUUACUAAUGAGUAUCUCAACCACAAGUGCCUCUUUAAUCAAGGGAAAUAUAACUCUGGAAGUGAGUACGAGAAAAACCUCAACUGGGUCUUCCAUUACAUUCGUACAAGGCCAUUUGAGAAUGUCGGUUUCUCACACACAAGUAAUGGAACAACGACAUCAAAUUUUGCUACCGUCGUUCUCCAAUGUCGUGGUGACUCUUAUGGGUCUAAAUCUUAUGGGUCUAAAUGUCGCACAUGCCUUGACACCGCAAUUUUGGGGUUUCGUAAGAGAUGUCCGAGUAUCAAAGGAGGAAUGAUAUGGUAUGACCAAUGUUUUCUCUAUGUUAGUACGGUCGAUAUAGAAAAUCCAAGCAGGACUAAUUACGAGAAUGUUUUUUCUAUGCACAAUCCAAAUAACGUGAAAGAGGAUGCAAAACUGUUUGCCAAGAGGGUGUUGGAUUUUUUCUCUGAGCUAACACUUAAAGUCGAGAAAACCACCAGUGACGGUUUUCGCAUCAUACUUUAUGCAGCAGGGGAAAAAAAGCUCGAGAAAAAUACAUUAUAUGCAAUGGUGCAAUGUCUAGAGCUAACAAUGGAUUGUAAAAAUUGUUUGACAUGGAGUACCACAAAGCUUUUCAAGAAUGACGACAUUAAACAAGGAGCGAGAGUUUUUGGUUCAAACUGUGAUGUAAGGUAUGAACUAUACCCUUUUCUUAGAUUUGUUAAGCACUUUUAAGGUGGUGUUGAAUACAUCCUCUUUAUAAUUUCAAAUUAUAUUUUACUUACGUUGACUUUUUCUUUUUGCUGAAAUGUAAUAUCUAUAUAUCAAUCAAAAUAGUGUUUACAAAAAUAGAUCCAUAGGAAUUUUUUAGAAGAUCAAAAUUGAUUUUUUUAAAAUAAGGAUUUUCAACUGGCUUAGAAAUCUUGAGCCUAUAACCCAACUGACUUGUGUUCCAUCCUCAGUAUCUGAUAGUUUUGCUUUAAUGACUUCAGUCGAUUGCUGAUAUGUGUAUGAGUGAUGUUUGGUAACUCUCUUAGUGAGUGAUAAGACUGCUGAUUCUUACUGUCAUUACGAUCUUCAGAUCAAAUUGUUUGUUGAUUGAAAAGUGAGUUUGACAAGCCCCAAGCCAUGCUCUUUUAACCUCGUACCUUUUAUUGUGCAUUGCAUGAUCUACCAACCCGGUUUAUCUUCUCUCAGCAGCUCUGAGUAGAACAUGUCCCAUAACUUACGUGAAUUCAAUGCUGUUGAAAACUUUGAAUAAGUUAAAAAUUAAUUAUGUGUGCCCAAAAGUGUUGUAUGUCAUUAUCUGAAUCAAUUUGUUUAUAGAUAAGUUUCAUUGAUAUUGAGCAUCACAAUUUAGUUUCAAAAUAAUAAAAAGUUAAAACAUGUGUUAUUAAUAUUAUUUGUUAUUAAAAAUUAUGACAUUUUUUCAUUGUAAUUAUUAAGAAGCCAAUUUUUUUAUAAUUUUUGUUUUUGUUAUAUAUUAAAUUUCAUCAUAUGUAUUCUGCAAACAAAGAAUUAUUGCAUUUGGUUUAAAUAAAAAAUAUUUUAUUUGUUGUAUAAGUAAUAAUAUUUUUUAUUUUAUAACAUGUAUUUUUAAUGAUUUUUAUUAAUUUAAUUUCUGUCGUAGAAUGUUAAUUUUAUUAAACAAAAUUAUUAUAACAUGUUUAAUAAAAUAAAGUAGAAUUAUUAUUUGCAAAUAAAGGAAAAUAUAAUGUGGAGUGUUAAAAAUUAAAUAAAGGUCUUGAAUUAAUCAUCUUUGUAUAUAGUCAUACAACACCUAUUUUAGGGUAAACAUAUCCUGAAUGUGAUAACUAAAUUGAAUAAUAUAUACACAUAUUAGACACAAAAUUUAAAAUAAAAAUUAUUAGUAUAAUAAUACCACCUGUACUUGAAAGUUCAGUGGCACAAUAUACAGUCCUAACGAUCAUCAUAUAAU